CUGGUUUGGGAAAGCCCUUCCUUUGUGUUCAAUCUGGCUACCGAAGCGGCAGGUUCGACCUCGGUUCUGCUCAACUGUCGCAUCUGCCCCCCCGAGGAAUCGAUGAGCGGACCGAGCGCCCUCUCGACGCUCUUCUGUGGCUGCUGUGCCACGGGCGCCACUGACACGGCGGGCCAGGUCAACGUCGGACCUCACACCUCAAAUCAAGUGCUCGGACUCCAGGGUGAGCGAGCAACGGCUGAGAGGGUCGCGGGCGGACAGGACAGGCGGGGAAGAGAGGCAGACAGGCACACAGAUCAGACAGCCAGAGCUGCCUGGUAUCUGGAAUCGCUGUUUGUGUUUGUUGUGGUUUCUGUGUCUGUCUGUCUUGUGCCAAGCAGAUAUCCCGGAGCUGAAGCCGACCACCGAUGCCCAGCAAGGACCCGAAAGCGGUGAGGGGGGACGACAGAGAGCAAACUGCUGACGCAAGCAAGCAUUCAUCACGUGUGUGUCGGCUCGGCAGCUGUGCCCAAGUCGGACAGCCCGCCCCCCUGGGAGUCCCACAAGGUUGCGGAGGGGGAGGCGGCCGGCGGCGUCAGCCCCGCACCAGGCAGGGCCGAGUCAAGGGUCGCGAAGAUGACCGCAGAGGAAAAGGUAGCUGCAGAAGGGAAGGCUUCAGGACGACCGCGCAGUGACAACAAAAUGGCAUUUGUCGUGUUGUGUGUGGUGGGGGUCGUCAGGAGAAGGAGAAGGCUCGUCUGCAGAAGCUCGUCAAGGAGUUUGCAAAGGUGAGGAUGGGCUGAAACGAACGAUGGCACAUGGUCAGGGAUGACACGGACGGGGGUGUCUGUGGUGUGGCGUGUGGGUGUUCAGGACGCGGUCAAGGGCAUUGACCUGCAGUGCGUCAACUAUGAGACGGGUAUGCCAACACAGAGGGGCGGGGAGGGAAGGAUGGCACCGUUGCUGACGGUCGGGGCAUCAUGUGUGUGUGUGUGUGUGUGUGUGUGUGUCCAGGGGAGAUGAUCAAGGUCAAGUUCUCCAUGGAUGGCUACCUCACGGUAGGCAUGAGCACCACAGCCAUUCGAUCGCCUCUGCCCUCACCCAUGUGUAUGUGGGUUGACAUAUCUGCAGAGUUUCACGGUGACUCCCGUCGACAAGACCGACCCCAUCGCACUGCCGCCAUCACUCGCCAAAGUCGACAUGAAAUUCGUAAGUCUCAACCCACCACCGCCCACGGCCCACAUGCACACAGCUUAUCGUCUGCGUGAUUUCCUGCACUCAGAUCUCGGCCGUUUUCAAGGGCGGGGAGAUCCUUCGCAAGGUCAGUCAGCCCACUCGCUCACAACGGACAGCAGAGCAGUAAGGUCAGUCUCCUGUCUUCUGCCUUUGCACAGUGUCCGGAUUUUUAUGCGCGUGAUGACGUCAAUGACAUCGUUGGCAUGGAGGUCGACCCCGAGAAGAAGCAGCUUUUCUUCCACUUCGAGGAGUCCUACCUCAGGGACAAAUUCUACACAUGCCUCAAAAUACUCAGGUAUACCAGUCUGGGACACGAGCGGAGAGAAGACAUUCACGAGGCAUACGCGUGUGGCGCUGGCUCUACUUGCACGUGUGUGUGUGUUUUUGUGUGUGUGUUGUGAGCAGGCUGUCUGUUGAAGUCAGCAAGACCAAGGGCGGCGAGUGAAUGCUGGCCUGACAAGAUACUACUCGUUUUAUUGGCGGCGGGGAGGGGCGGGGGCGAUCGAGUGGGCACCUGUGUGCACCUGUGUAUUGUGGUGGGUGUGAGAGACAGCGAGCUCUUUUAUAACGCGAAUGGUCCCGGCCAGCCAGCCAUGCAUGCCACCCACCCCCCACCCCCCCACCCACAUCGCAGCAUGCUCGUAACCCCUCUGCUGAUCAAGCAGGCCAAGUCUUUUUUCCAUGCCCCUCUCAGAGCUUUUCUAUCUAUCUAGCCGUUCUUCGCUGCUUCCUUCCGUCAUGUUAUUUGCUUCUAUGCGUGAUGUUUCCAUCCAUCUAAUCUCACUCACUUUCUUAGCUGAACAGACAGACCCUGCACGCGUCUAUGGCCUGCUGCUGCGUGUGUAUGCGAUGGGUGUGUAUGCGUCUCGUGUCGUGUACGUGUGUGUGUGUGUGUACUCGUGUGAAGGUAUGUAUGUGUAUGUGUGUGUGUGUGUGUGUGUAUGUCUUUUUACGACUGCCUACCUUGUUACGUACGUACGUCAGUAUGUAUGCGUGUGGAUGCAUGCGAUGCGUGGCCGCCUCUCUCUCGCACCUAAUCUCAUCUCAUCUCAUCUCAUCAUAUCAUAUCUUGCCUCAUCUCAGCUCAUCUCCCUGAGUCUCUCUCCCCAUCUCUCUAUCUCCUUCCUUCUUGCCAUUUGAGUCACUCACGUCAGUCAGUCAGUCAGUCACUCCCUGCCUCCCUGACUAACUCUCCAUCUGCCCUGUUUUGGUGCCUGGGUACAUGCAUGGGUGGGUGGGUGGGCUGAAUCAAUGAAUGUCCUCUGGCUGGCACACACCGGCUGACCUGGUCAGCCAGCCGGUCGGCGAGCCUUUUGUCAAUCUAGUCGAUCCACUCCCCAAGACCCGACUGCGAGUGACUUCCUCUACGUGUCUCCAUCAAUCGGUGUCUGGGUGCUUUUUGUCUCGGCUUUAUCGAGCAUGUGGCUGGCUGGCUGGCCGGCUGGCGGCCGGGGGAUUUGUAACACAACACAACACAAGUCAGGUGUAUGAGGGAGGGAGGGAGGGAGGAAUGGUUUGAUUGAUGCAUGGCGGCACAACAUAACCCAAGCCACACAUGAGGCAUGGCAUCCAUGGUCGAGUGCAGUGCGUCCGUCCCUUUUAUCCCUAGCUGCCAUCCAUCUGCAUGUGCCUCCGACUCAUGUGGUGCAUGCAGGGCAUACACGAUAUGGAUGGACAUGAUGUUAUUGAUGAUCGAUGACCCGUCUGGUGAUAAUACGUACGUGAAAUGCAAAAAACAGCA